CCCUUGGACACCUACAGACAUAAAUGAGCAAUGGUCCUUCUUGCUGUCCGCAAAGAUUUCUUGCAAUUUCAUGAUCCAACUUUCAUACGCCAUGGCUGACAGUCAGAAAGCGGCUAGAGCUGAGGAAAGCGGUGUAGCCGUUACACAAUCAGCAUCUGUCGACAACCCGGAGCCUACCAGUAGCACAGGCCCUAAUGUUGCAACCAACCACGGGCCCGUUCUAGAGGCCGAAGCAGAGGACAACAAUUUGACAGAUGACGAUGCCUCGGAUAGAGGAACAAGUGUGGCAUCUUCAAGCACAAGCCUAUCGAGCUCGAUCCUUCAGCAUCGCAUAGAGAAUGGGAGAACUUACCACAAGUACAAAGACGGAAAAUAUCUUUUCCCCAACGACGAGAGAGAGAAUGACAGGCUAGAUCUACAGCAUAACCUCUACCUAUUGACAUUGGAUUAUAAGCUGGGCCUUGCUCCCCCGAACAACGAGAAUUCGGGCGUUAAGCGCGUCCUGGACAUCGGAACAGGCACGGGACUCUGGGCCAUUGAAUUCGCCGAUGAGCACCCCGAAGCUGAGGUUCUAGGUGUCGAUCUUACUCCGGUGCAGACUCAAUUUGUUCCGCCGAACCUCAAAUUCGAAGUUGACGACCUUGAGCAACCCUGGACAUUCACCCAGCCUUUCGAUUAUAUCCAUAUUCGUGGUAUGACUUCCAGUGUCUCUGACUGGCACGGAUUCUUCAAGCAAGCAUACAAUGGCCUUACUCCCGGUGGUUAUAUCGAACUAUUCGAAGGUCAUGCGCGAACCCAGUCAGACGAUGGAUCCUUGACUCCUAAUCAUGCAUUAUGGCAGUGGGCUGACAAGCUGGACGAAUGCUGCAAGAUCCUCGGCCGUUCAUUCGUCCACGUCCCGAGUCUUGUUCCUAUUCUCGAAGAAGCUGGUUUCGUCGAUGUGACUAUUGUUCCGUUCAAGUGGCCCAUUGGCCCGUGGGCAAAAGAUCCGCAUUACAAAGAGCUUGGGGAGUGGGCUCUUGAGAAUGCAUCGGAGGGCCUCGAAGCCUGGACGAUGGCAGCACUAACCAGGGCGCUCGACUGGAGCAAUGCAGAGGUGCAAGCUUUCCUAGCUCAAGUCAGAAAAGAUCUGAAAGACCGGAGCAUCCAUCAUUACUGCCCUUUGUGAGUCACAGCCUCCAGUUCUUCGAAAAUCAAUGUGUCUUUUCACCUUCUCUUUCUCGCA